AUGGAUUCCAUUCAGAAUCUGGCAGUCCUUGCGCUAGCCUUCGCCUUCCUGGUCGCGUCAGGCAGCGGCCGCGAGCUCUCUCCGGUGGAGCUCCACCAGGCCGCCGACCUGCAGGCGCGACUUGCCGUGGGGAUGGGCGAAGCCGGCGGGCUGGUUGAGUGCUGGAACUCGCUCAUGGAGCUGCGGUCGUGCACCAACGAGAUCGUGCUGUUCUUCCUGAACGGGGAGUCGUACCUCAGCCUCGACUGCUGCCGCGCCAUCCGCGUCAUCACCCACCACUGCUGGACCUCCAUGUUCACCAACCUCGGCUUCACCGUCCAGGAGACCGACAUCCUACGCGGCUACUGCGACGCCGACACCGUCCCUACCACGCCCGUUCAACCGCAGCCGCCAUCAGCUGCCCCCCCAACCGCCGUCGCUGGGGCAGAGAUCGCUGUUGAUACUCUGACUCCCUGA